CAUUUCCUAAUCCACUCAUCAACUCUAAUCAUCUUCCAUUUCUCUCUUGUCUUUCAAGUUUCAACCUCAAUAAUCAACCAUUAAUGACUCUUCAAGCAACUUCUUCAAUGGCUCCAUCGUCUCCGGUGACCAUACAACGAUCACCAUGGCACUCACCAGUACCCUACCUGUUUGGAGGGUUAGCAGCCAUGAUGGGUCUCAUUGCCUUCGCCCUCUUGAUCCUCGCUUGCUCCUACUGGAAGAUCUCAUCCGAAGCCGGAGACAGAGACCUUGAGGCCGGAGAAGGAGAAACAGACGGCGACUCCAAACCCGGUAAUCAAAAAGAAAAGGAAACUCCUGUUUUCGAAGAGAAGUAUCUGGUAAUAAUGGCGGGACAAGAUAAACCGACGUUUUUGGCAACACCCAUAUCCAGCAGAGCGUCGUCGUUUGGUAGCUGUAGCUCUUGUGGCAACUCAACGGUGUCUACGGAGACAUCGUCGGUGACGGAGGAGGAAAAAGAGAAGAGUUGUGAUCAGUUACAAGUAACGAAUACAGAGAACCAUGAGACAGCUGAUCAAGAGCUUUCUUAGUUUUUCUUUCUUUUUCUUUUUUGGAAAUUUUGUUUCUUUUCACUUGAAGGAAAGGAAUUCUUCUGUAAGUCAUCAUGGAUGCUGAUGAAUGAGCUCCGGUGACUGCGGUUGCAUAGUAGAUAGGGUAUGGGGUUUUGUAGACGAUCAUAGAGCACCAUCUCAACUUUUUUUGGAGAAUGAAAGGAAUUUUCCAUUUUGCCACAUAAUA